UUGCAAACUCUAAAAGAAACCUUAAGCUCAAUCUCCUCCACACUCGUCUCCACCUCCAGAGGAAAGCAAUGUCGCUCACGAUCCCAACGAACCUUGUCCUCAACCCGAGAUCCAAAAACAAGACUCUCACUCAAUCCGUACCUAAAUCCACCGCGAGAUUCGUCUGCUCCACCGAUAACAACAACAAGUCCAUGAAGGCAUUCUCCGCGGCGGUGGCUCUCUCUUCCAUCCUCCUCUCAUCCCCGAUGCCAGCCGUCGCUGAUAUCUCGGGCCUAACCCCUUGCAAGGAGUCGAAACAGUUCGCCAAGAGGGAGAAGCAGCAGAUCAAGAAGCUCGAGUCAUCUCUCAAGCUCUACGCUCCCGAGAGUGCUCCUGCUCUUGCUCUCAACGCUCAGAUCGAGAAGACCAAACGCAGGUUCGACAACUACGGCAAGUACGGACUUCUGUGCGGUGCAGACGGGCUACCACACUUGAUAGUGAACGGAGACCAGAGGCAUUGGGGAGAGUUCAUUACUCCAGGACUUCUCUUUCUCUACAUUGCGGGAUGGAUAGGGUGGGUGGGGAGAAGCUACUUGAUAGCGAUUAGUGAUGAGAAGAAACCAGCGAUGAAAGAGAUCAUCAUUGAUGUACCAUUGGCUAGUCGUCUCAUCUUCCGUGGUUUCAUUUGGCCUGUUGCUGCUUACAGAGCGUUUCUCAAUGGCGAUCUUAUUGCCAAGGAUGUUUAAGAAACAAACAAAAAAAAUCUAUAUAUUUGACCCUUUGUUUGCUUCGUAUGUGUUUAAACUCUGGUUAUUAACUCUUCCCUGUCAAAGAGUAUGUCUGCAAUAUGGGGAACUUGUUAUUUGGAUUAAAUGUUGAAAAUCCUACAUUGGGAAAUGAGAAGAAGUUAUAGAUAAACAUGGAAUUACUGCUUA